AUGAGCUUGAGUCAGCAGCGAGCUCCUGACUCGAGCACCAUGACUUUGCCAGCAUCACCUCAGGCGCAGUCUAACGCCAGUGUCAGUGGUAUGAACAGUAUCUAUUCUGCAGUCAUUAAGGUGUUUCGAGGUGAAGGACUGCAAAUGAAUGAACUCUACUUCUUAAAUGAAAGCAUCAGGUGGCUUUUAAAAACAGAAAUGGGGUCAUUCUAUGAAGAGUAUUUCCAGAAUCAGCUUCUAAAUAAAGGUCUUAGGUCCAUUUUGGAAGAGGUUCAGCUACAUGAAGGGGAAGGUCAGCUCUUUUUCUUGGCUGAUAUAUGGAUUCGAUUUUUCUCAGAAAUUCUGCCGACACUACAGGCCAUUUUUUAUCCACUACAGGGUCAUGAGUUCACAGUAAAACAGAUGGCCUUACUCGCCUUCAGGGAUCUUGUCCUGAUGAAGCUUCCACUGGAGGAGCUGCUCCAGACCAACCUUUCUCUGCUCCCCACAUCCAUCACACAGAUGUUGUUAGUCCUACAGGCAAGUCUCUCUCUUCCACACAGACACUCACAUGAACACAAAUGCAAGCUUUAUCAUGGUUUCUUGCACCUACUUUUUUGUGAUUGUUCAUAUAUCCAGGGAGUUCAUGAGCCCAGAGGCCCCUCAAUGGAAUAUUUUCGCCUUGAGAAAAUGCUGGAAAUGGUGGUUUCUCCGUAUCUGUGGAACUGCAAACACAAAAACUAUGAAGAAGAAAUCAGAGAAAGUAAACCCCUCAUCCAACCCGAGAUAAGGAUCACACAGCAUAUUUCACACGUCUCUCUUCUGACUCCUUUAUUGGAGCAGGAGGAAGAGGGGCACGUGGCGAGAGGAAGCAGCCUGCAGCGCCGCUCUGUAUCCAAUGGCCGAUCCGUCAUCACUGACAUGCAGCUUCUCACUGUUACUAGUAGGAUGCAUUCUGGGUUAGAAGAGGCAUGUGGAACCAUUGAUGAAAUGAGGGAAAAGAAUAAGAGGGAUCGCUCUCAAGGCAAUUCUGCAUUUGGAAGUCAAAGCUGUUGA